AUGUCUGAAGAAUUGAACAAAGCUACUGAAGGAUUGUCCUUAGAUGCCCCAGCUGCUGUCAACGCUGAUACAACCAUCUUGUCUGAUAAGGAGUUCACUGUUAAACAUCCAUUGAACUCUGAAUGGACUUUAUGGUACACCAAACCUCCAAGUGAUCCAAAAGAAUCAUGGGCUGAUUUGUUGAAACCUGUUAUCAACUUCUCCAGUGUCGAAGAAUUCUGGGGGAUCUUCAAUUCUAUUCCUCAAGCUUCAGAUUUACCAUUAAAAGCUGAUUAUCAUUUAUUUAGAAAUGGUAUUAGACCAGAAUGGGAAGAUUCAGCAAAUGCUGAAGGUGGUAAAUGGUCUUUCCAAUUUAAAAACAAAAAAGAUACAAACAUCAAUGAAUUAUGGUUAAGAACUUUAUUAAGUGUCAUUGGUGAAACUAUUGAAGAUGAUGAAAAUGAAGUUAAUGGUGCAGUCUUAAAUGUCAGAAAAUUCGCUUUCAGAGUUGCUCUAUGGACUAAAAGUACUGAUAAAACUAAAUUAUUAAACAUUGGUAUGAAAUUUAGAAAAGUUUUGAAAUUACCUGAUACCGAGCAAAUAGAAUUUGUUGGUCAUAAAGAUUCUGAAAACAAAAAUUCAAAACCUUUAAUGAGUAUUUAA